AUGGACAACGCUACUUUCCAAGCUACAGUUACAACUGCCAUGAUGGCUGUCGUGACAGCUGUCCUUGCAAACCGUAACGCUAUCAACACAAGCAAUACCGACGAUGGGGUUGAAAAUCCCGAUCGUAGUAUCAAUCCAGGAAGCCAACAAACGAUAACAGUCACAGGCUCGCGAAGCCAUAACUCAGAAUUCAAGAAACGGAAGCGUCAAGCCCAAAAGGGACGCAAGAAAUAUAAGGGAACGCUUCCGAAGUGUAGCAAGUGUAGCUAUCAUCAUAAUGGAGCCUGUAGGUUAUUGCAAUGUAAUAAUUGCAACAGACUGGGACACAUUGCCCAUUUCUGUGGAACCACCGCCACUAGAGCCAGCCAGGGUUGCUAUUAUUGUGGUGAGAUUGGACACUAUAAAAGAAAUUGCCCGAAAAGGGAGAUCAAGGAAAGAACCUGCAUCCCCUUAACUCCUACUCAACACUUCACUUCCACUACCGAUGCUGGCACUAGCCAGAUAUGUCAUUUAUGUGGGGAGAUGGGACAUCUCAUGAAGGAUUGUCCAAUAACAAAGAACUCGGGCACAAAUGGGAAGAUUCUUAGGAUCACAGCUGCAAGAGAACCUACUCCAGACCCACAUUAA